UUAUCACCAGCACACGGACACUCGACCACUACAGCGCGAGUGGGCGAUCAUCGUUAAAUACCCUUCGACUGUCCACCUGCAUUUUAAAAUACAUAUAUUGUUGUUGUUCCUCUUCUUCACCGUACAUUAACGUGAAGCAUUCCUGAGCGUGUGCGCAGGGCAGUUGCUUCGAGAAAUCGCCGGCUUUGCAAGUAUUUAUAGGAACGGCCACAUCUUCACACGUGCGCGCACACAUGCUAGUGCAGCCUGCGGAGAGAGAUUGAGAAAGUGGCGGCAGACGCCCGUAAUUCCGUCAAGGUUAUUAAUAGAAGCUGCUAGGGAGUGCUGGCUUCGGGGUCUGGGUGGCCCACGGGAGGGAGAGAGAGAGAGAGGGGCAGAGAGAGAGAGACGCCUCGACACACACGACGGCGGACUGACAGCCGAGCGCGAGCGAGAAAUCGAACCUCCGUCUCUCGGAAAAGGGUGAUCGCCGUCUCUUAUUUGUCGCAGACUCCGUAAGGGCCAUGUCCAAAGUUUCCGUGCUGAAAAUCUUCCCACGCGACGGCACCCUGAGCCGUGGCAUCGACGGCGCUCGCGAGAACCCGACGCCUCCUCAGCAUGAGCCGGCAGUGCACGCCACGGCGUGGCACAGCGACCCCAAGACAGCAGGGCCGGCCACGGCGUGGCACAGCGACCUCGAACCAGCAGGGCAUGCCACGGCACGGCACGGCAACCCCAAGCGACUGGCACCGGCAGGUCCAGAUAUGGCGUGGUACAGCGACCCCGAGACGGCAGGGCCGGCGACGGCACGGCACAGCAACCCCGAGCCAGCAGGUUCGACCACAGUGUGGCACAGCAUCCCUGAGCCGACACGGUACGCCACGGCGUGGCACAGCGAUACUGAGGCAGCAGGGCAUGCCAGGGCGCGGCACAAUGACUCCAAGCGACCGGUGUCAGCAGCAGGGCUCGCCACAAUGUGGCACGGCGACCUCGGGCGGAAAGGGCCCGCCACGGCACGUCACGGCGACCCGGAGCCGGCAGGAAACACCGGGGCGCGGCACGGUGACCCCAAGCGACCGGUGUCAAUAGCAGGGCUCGCCACAAUGUGGCACGGCGACCUCGAGCGGAGAGGGCACGCCACGGCACGGCACGGUGACACCGAGCGACCGGCGUCAGCAGCGGUGGACUCCACGGCCAGGCACGGCGACCCCGAACCACUGGCACAGGCGGCCGUCCCGCCCCCCGUGACCCGCGUGUACGUGUCGCCCUGCAACGAGGUGACGGACCUGGGCCGCGUACGUGAGCGCAAAGCUCGCGCCAUCACCGAUUCCGACCCUGCGCGCGUCGCACGUUGCAAUGCCAGCUAUGUACAGAAGGGCAUCGUGUGCAGCCUAGGACCGCCGGAGGGGAUCGUGGGAGCGUGCGCCCUGGCGAGCGCUUUGCCUGUCCCGCCAGCGCCGGCGGAGGGGAGCGGCGAACCGGGCGAGACGGUGCGCGCCUCCGCCAGCGCCGCUGCCAGCACCAUCGCGGCAGCGCCCCCGCUCUCCAUAUCGCUGCCUCCGACGGAGGUCCGCAGGGAAAGGACCGUCCGUAAAGCGACGCAGAGCAGCCGCCUGUACUCUGCUCACGCCGGCGAGUGGCCAGAUGGAGCGUUUGUGAAGGAUGCCUCCACAGACCAAUGGGCUGGAGGAGAUGGAAAUGGAGAGACCGUAGGAGGUUACAGCGGCGGUGGUGGUACCGGCGGUGGUGGUAAUGGUGGUGGCACUGGCAGUGGUGGUAAUGGUGGCGGUGUCGGCAGCAAUGGAGUUGGAGGUGGCGACGUCCCCGUGGUGUUGACCUCGGCCGCCGACAUCAACCUGAUCGCGAUGUCGCUCACUUGCGAAGAGCUGUGCGAGGAAGAGGUGGGGCCGGCGGAAUCGGCGGCGAUAACGACAACGGCGGUGGUGUCGGCGGCGGUGGCAGCGGCGGCCUCACAGCUGGAUCAGCCGGGGGAGGUUAACGAGGAGGACUCACGUGACGCACGGUGUUGGGACAACGCGCCCGCAUGGGUUGCAUCGAAUGACGUGGUCGCUGAGCGAAAGGAGGAGGAGCAGGUGGAGGUGGCGGUGCCGGUGGCAGUGCAAGUGGAGGAGGAGAAAGGGGGUGCGACCGACAGGAUGCAGGGUCUCUCCCUAUAUUGUGGUGCCGUGCCUAUGUUGGAGCCUGUGGAGGACUGUGCAUCGGAAGGACUCGCCACGACGUACAGAGAGCGGGCGAAGCAAGCGAGGCUACAUCGCGGCGAGAGCUCGUCCGAUCGCCAGGUGAAGGAGGCCAAGACCAAGUGCCGGACUAUCGCGUCGCUGCUCACCGAAGCGCCGGACCCUCACUCACGGGGGGUGCUUAUGUUCAAGAAGCGGCGGCGGCGCGCCAGGCAUUACACGCUCGUCAGCUUUGGCGAGGGCGACGACACAGACGGCGGCGUCGACACGGACGCUGGUCUUGACACGGACGCGGCACCGUAUACGAGCGAGUCCGACCUCGACGAGGACAGCGCCUUCACCGACCUCGAGCAGGAGAUGGAGGCCGAGCGAGCGCGCGUCGCGGCCGCCUCCGCCGUCGCCCAGCUUGGCACGAUCGAUGGCCUCACCGGCAGGGGGGCCGAGAUGUUCAAGGAGCGGCAGAGGAACGCCGGCGCGGAGCCGGCCGUGAACGGGGACGCACCCGACGAGUGGGUCUUCCUCGGCACGGAGGACCUGCCGGCCCCGUGCUCGGGCCCGGCGCCGCAUGAGGCGAGGGCCAAAUUCUUCGAGCGCCCAGCAUGCGGCGAGGCGCAGCAACCUCGCUCUUCCCAGCAGGGCCCGCCACCCGGCGUUCAGCUGCAUAACGCCGCACCGCAGAAUUCGUGCGCCUUCGUGCAGCCCAUGAUGCAGGCCCCGCCUGCUCAUCAAGUUCAUCCGAGCACCGGCAACCCCGGUGUUGGUAACGGAGCGACGGCAUUUCAACAGAUGACCGUUAACAGCAGCUCGGUGGCGAGUGUGCCCCAAACGAGCAUGGCGCAGGAGAUGAUGAGUUCAUCUGUAAAGGUGGACAGCUUCCAACAGGAGCAGCAGCAGCACAGGCAGCAGGUGGUGGUCAAGACCAAGCAGGUGGCCAAUGUCGUGAACCGCACCGCCCGUCCGUUCACGCCCGCAGGUCCCAUCGAGAACCGUGCAGCAACGCCAUUUGCCGCGCAGCCCGCUCCCAAGAUGACCGCACAAUUCAACCAGGUUGCUGGAAAUGAACUCCCACUGAGGGCUAAUCAUCCAGAGCGGCAGGGUCAGGCACCGGAGAUUCCCUGCGUCGCUCAAGUGAAUGUGCACCCCGCAGUGAGCGCUCAGGCCACGGUCACCUCUGCGGAAACUCCGGUGGCCUCCCCAGCCGUCGCACCGAUGCAGAGGCCCUCGGUAAACAUAAACUACGUCUCGGCACAAAGUCCUCAGCGCGGGGUCAGCGCAGGUCAACAUGGGAGUCGUGUGGCAGCAGCAGCAGGGUCUUACGCAGAGGCAUCACCCGUUGCCAAUCCGGCACCGGCAUCUACAUGGAGUUCCCCUGAUGCCGAGCAGUCGAGGGAGGGCGGCCCCUCCAACAGCUACUUCUCCCCCGCCAGUCCACAAGUAUCGCAGCCUGUGUUCGCAAAUAAUCCUUCUCUCGGCACAGGUGAUCCCCCAGCUUACCAGCCGGUCACUUCCCAAUCUGCGUUCGCAGGAUCGACAAUCAUCGUGCCUCCCCCGCCCCCGUACGCGCAGCCCGCGGGGUUCGCAAGCACGCAGCAGCACAGCCAGGCGCCGCCACCCACGCCCGUGACGCCGCUGCCACAGCAGCAGCAGCAGCAGACCCCAGUGUUGAGCGUUAUCCUCCCUCCGCCCCUGUUCGCUCAGCCCACGGAGCAGGAACAGCGUGGAGACGCCGCCGCCAUCUUCAAUGGGCUCGGCACCGACACGGCGUCAACGUCGACCGACAGGGACCGUGGCUCUGCGAUCUGGUCACCGGAGCCCCCAGUUGAGCAGUUGUCGUCCAGGGAGCAGCGCAUUUCCAUCCCCGCGUCAAGGUCCGGCAUCCUGGCCGAGGCCAAGAAGCGCAACCAGGGCAACAAGGCCAUGUUCACCUUCAAGGAACCGCCAAAGAACUCGCCCAACCCUGACCUCUUGUCCCUCGUGCAAAACCUGGAUGACAAAACCAAGCCGGAGGGCCAAUUCGAGGUGGGGCCCGAGGAGGACUCCCUUGGCCUUGGGGCGGAGGCGUCCAACUUUUGGCAAACGCAGGCACAGGCGCAGGGCUUCAAGUCCCCGCCACCCGUUGCGCCGAAGCCGAUGGCAAAGGUACAGGGCUACGAGGCAUACACGCAGUUGGCCAACCAGGCACCUUCUUGGAGUCAUCAGGCACAAGCGGGCACCAGGUCCGAUCCAAUCCCCACUUAUCGGGCAUCUGAUACUGUCAGCAAUGAGCUACCGCAGCAGCCACAGCAGCAGCAGAUAAAGGCAACACUAGCACAGCCAACCGCGGAGGGCGCGCGGUUCGUCUACUCGCCAGAGAACAACGCGGUGGCCGCCCGCAACAAGGCAGCGCAGUCGGCGGCAGCUGUCCUCGCCAGCGACAUGUCACAGAUGAAGGGCAAGGGUGCACAGCUCUUCGCCAAGAGGCAGAGCCGCAUGGAGAAGUACAUCGUGGAUGGGACAUUGUCUCCAGCGGAGGAAAUGCGCGGCCCAUCUCCGACGCCAUCCCUGCCAUCCUCCUGGAAGUACUCUUCUCAGAUUCGCGCGCCGCCCCCCAUCGGCUUCAACCCCAUACUCUCACCCUUUUAUCCACUCGCGGCGGCCAAGGGGCAUGCGACGCAGAGCUCACCCAAGUCUCCGGCGGCGGCCAAGACCAAGGGGAAACCUAAGCCCAAGAUGGAGAGUCUGGACGUAAUGAAGCAUCAGCCCUACCAGCUCAACUCGGCCAUGUUUUCAUUCUCGCCGUCCAUACCGGCGGCGGCGCCAGCAGGCGGCCCGGGUCGACAGGCUCAGUCGCUACCGAGGAACGCGCAACCUCCAACUGCGGCGCAGGCGAGCGAGGCGACGCGGUCGCACUUGGCUGCACAGAAUCAGGCACCAGCCAUGGUCACGACCCAGCUGCAGAUGGAGGUCAGGAGCGUGGAGAAGCCGGCUCAGCAGCAACCUCAACAACAACAGCCAACCAAGUCGUUUGCCACAGUCUUGCCGCAGCAAAUGAACGGCAUUUCUACAUCUGUGGAAGCGAUGUCGUCGCCCCAAAUUAGCGCUAGGCCUCAGCCCUUGGUAUCAGCGUCAUCCCUCCUCAAUGGCCCUGUGCCGCCAACUAAUUACACAUCCGGGGAUGACUCUCAGUUGACAACGCCUCCUCACCAGCACCGCGUCACUUCACACAUCCAGAUGGAGGUCAAAUCGGCAGCCAGCGGGGCGCCCUCCAUCCCGGCUGUCAAUGCCUGGCAGCAGCCGCCCCCCACUGGUCUGGCACCCGCCUACCCGGGCGGACAUCAGCCACCUCCAUACCCAGGCCACGCGGGCGACAUUGCGGGACCCAUCGGGUUUGGUGCUCAGCUUCCCCCGCUCCCAGCCGAGCCCCCACAAGUGUCGCUGGGAAGACCGGUCACCCAGGCCACACUUCUUGUGGCCACGCCUCGACCGUCAUUCUCAGCCAAGAAGAACGGGGCACAGGCCCAAGUGUGGAGGCCAGGGGUUGCCAAUUGAGCCCUUUCAUGGACCUGCGUCCGUUUACUGCCUUCAGGGGUAAUUUAAUUUUCUAUGAGUUACUAAAAAUGAGGUCACCCAAUGGCUUCUGUGCGUGGAGUUAAUGCUCUGCUGUGUCUAAUGAGCCAGUGUCGCUUGAUGACUGGUAUUUGAAGCCUGAGUAAGUUCAUAUGGUGACUCGGCACGGUGACCUGUGACUUCACAAUAAAGUAUAGAAAAGCAUAGAAUUUUGGUUUUGCACUUGCACAGUUAUUUAAUGAGCUCUGCUCUUGCAGCCUACUUAGAGUGAAACACACUCGCUUGCAUGAAUGAAAGCAGCGCCUCCUAGUGGUUAAUGACAAUGAUAUUUGAAGGUGUGCGGCAUCGCUUCCAGGUGUUUCCACCAUGUGACGUGUGCCACUUGACUGAAUGAUGAUCCCAUAACAGGCACUGUCUUGCUCUCUGCGUAGUACGAAUAAAGGAAUCAGACGAAACGUAAAAUUAGCCAGAGCUUCGGCCUCUGAAUAAAACAAAUAUUUGUCAAACACCAAUUUUUAAAUAUGGUUUGUUCGAUCAUUAGCAUCAUGUACUUGUACAUAAUUGCAGCUGCACAAGGUAAAUUUUGGCAUGCACCAUUUUUGGAGGGGUGUUAUAAGAUAUACACUUUCCCACUAAUUUUCCUAUUUCUGACUGUGGUAAUGUGAAAAUGUAUACGCAGAGCUUGCAUAAUUAUAUUUUCAUCACCGAGUGUUAUUUUCACACAAGCUGAACAACUGGUUUAAAACUAUGAUGUGUUGCUUUGGUGAACUGUGGGUAACAGAAAUUAGGCUUGGUUGCAAUUACAUUUUGGACCCCCCAUAUUUUUAAAUGCCUUUUGCCCCAAAUACAAAGUCACCAACUGGACAGGCCACUCCCCGGUGAUCGGACUUACCGAAUUUGAAAUCAGCCCAGCUCGUUUAAAAACAUUACUGGAAUACAUUUUAUUUGGUUGGGUUGGUUGGCUGGUUGGUUGAUAUAUUAAAUGUUAAUUUAUUUCAAUUAAAUAAAACCCUUUCCUACCUGUUUAUGUAUUCCUAAUCGCAAUACAAGUACGGCACUUUGUUAACCCACGACUGGGUGAAGGUCUCCACACUCCGUGCUGGUCGUGGGGUUUGGGUGACCAUACUUGACCUCGCUGGUCAGUGCGGGUUUGUGAAGGUUGAGGACCAUAGAUGUGAGAAUGAGUACGGUACAGCAUUCCCUCGCUAUUCACGAGGGAUACGUUCUGGAGAUGUUUGUGACUAGCAAAGUAUGUAAUGAAUUACCUUACAUAAAUACAUUUAAAAAAAACUAUUAAAUACAUGAACAUUAUAAUAACACAAAAAAUGAAAAUUGGCUACAAUAAAUAUCAAGUGACAAGAAAAAUCCGUUUUGAAGCAUUAAAUAAUAGUUCAUAAAUGAACUUACUUUAAAUCUCAUCACUUUCUUUCUCUCUCUAUGUGGUCGUGUCGAGUUCCAGAUGCGAUUCGCGGAUAGCCGAAAUUGCGCAUAGCGAGUUGGUAAAUAAUGGGGGAAUCCCGGUAUCGACAUACGCACAGCACAAUGGACUUUGCAGCACUGCCCUCUGCUGGACACCAAAUAGCCCCCGAAUAAAAGUCUGUUAACGAGAGGAACUGGUGGCUCGGUGAGGUUGGUGACGCUUGCAGGGAAGUCAUCUUAUUUUUAAAUAGGGUCUCGUCACAUGGGAGGGUGGUCAACUCCACGUGGAAAGGACAAACGCACGGUCGUAUGUUGAACCUCUUCGCACCGUACGUAGCCAACCGUGCUUAUCGGAAGGGCGGAGGAAGGACGUACAACUAAACACAAAAGUUGUUUUAAAAAAUUGAGUUUUCAAUUUGGAUUUAAAAGUGCAACCACCCAUUUCAAAAUUCACCAUCAGCGAUCGGUGCACACAAGCAGACAGACUUGUGCGUGGUCCCUGAGGUCUGAACUUUCUGUGUAAACCAAAUGGGUGUCUUACCAAGUAAUCCAAGAGCAGUUUUGUUGCGUCAAGGUCAAAACACAUCUCAAAUUAACAGGGAAUUUAUGUUAAAAAGCGAAAAGCUGAGAUUAUAAACCUCUUGACCAUUAUAUUGAGUAUUUAACGACACGUCAAUUGUAUGAAAAUAUUUAUGCUUGAAAAUGUAUGUAUCAAAUCCUAUGUAUCAAUCGAUUAUUUAUGAUUAUGCAAAGUAUUUACAAAUGACGUGUUCAUGUUUGAUUUAAGCCGGUAAGCAAACAGCUGUACAAACGAGAGGGAGAAAAAACAAAAAAUACAAAUGAGACUGAAAAUUCGAUUUAAAAAAAGUAGUUAUUGAAUCAGUUCCCAACCCCAAAUCUUCACGGAGAAAGACCUUGAGGGGGGAGCUGUCGAUUCUGCAACUGCUGCCAGUUUGGGCAGAAGUGACGGUGGUAUGUGGCACCCAUGGUAUUGGUUGUGAUGCAAUAUUGUCAUGUAUUUCAGUCAUGUCUAUACCCUUGACCAUAAAGCGGGCAUGGUGGAAGACAAGGUGUAAGUGUUGUGAUAGAUAAUAGAUAGGUUGGAGUGAAAUCUAAGGGAGUCCUCGUGCAGCGGUGUAUUAGCACAGGCUCAGAGGACUCCCCAGCUGUGUUAUUAAAAAAUGACGAACCACUUUUCCGCACAGGAAAAUGUACCGAUUUGGUGCGACCCGUUUUAAUAAAAUAGUCGAUUAGAAUCAAGUUUAAAUGAUAUAUUUCUCAAAACAUUGGCGAACACGUGUACAUUUGUAUGUGUUUUUGUCUAGAGAAAUAACCUUAGCUCCACCAAUCUCAAUGAAUGACGGGUCGCGUAAAAGCUUGUGACGUUUAGUUUUUGUACACGGAGAGAUAUAUUCAUGAACAAAACCUUUUGACCCAAUAAUUCUACAAAUUUUAAUUAUAAGUCCUCAUUGUGCUUAUCCACUAGCAUUUCCAAUAGCUUGGCGUGUGACAUGAGCCCCGUUUAUGAAUCGUACAGUGGAUAAGGUGUAACUUGGUAUGCAACUAGCCGCGUCAUUGUGAUGAAUAAUGUUAUAAUUGUGUUAUUAUUGCGUUACCAUAACACAAUAUUAUUGUUUCAUUGUGUCCUUACAAUUCACCAAAAUCGAAUUGGUUAAAAGUCCCAUGGGGUGGUAUUGUAUUGUGUUAUUUUCUCUCGUUGUGUCACUAUAACGGUUAAUUCCAAGUCUUUUUUUCUUCAAUCUUGCAUGCACGUGUACUUUGUUUUCAGCUUCAUCCCCAUUUAGCAGUUCAAUCAACUCCUGCAGCUGCAUUAUCAUUGGUGCAGCCCACGCGUAUAUGGAUCAAACAAACUUUAUAGACGUUUAAAAUAAUCGAUUCUCACAUGCACAACUUGGAUAAUUUGGCACACGUGCCAAAGGUGAAUUUUUAUCAUACGAAUCGACGCAUUCUUCCUUGGAAUAUCUAGCAGUUUGUUUUCUUUGCCAUCAGAAUUCAGUACCCAUGAUGUGAGUGGUAAAAGUAUUUUCAGCCAAGGUUUAAAAGGUAUAGUAAUAGGUUUAAAAGGGUUUCGCAACGGUGUUUUGUGCUGGAGUGUUUAUAACGUGAGUAAUGAUGCACUUGUUAAAUCUAGACCCUCAGUGUGGUCUCUCAGGGACUAACGCCAUAACAAAUUAUGAGUCUUUGAAUACAAGCUUUGGCCUGCCGUUAGGAGCAUUUUUUUCCCAGCAAAAGCCAAUUAAAUAACCGGUUAGCACGGUUGGCAACAUACAUAUUUGGCGUUUAACUUUUUGUUGAUGUUUGUGAUGAUUAUACGAGAAGGUAAUGGGAAAUGUGCUGAAGUCAAAUUAGCUUAAGGGAAUGUGUUAUGUUCCUAGCAGUAUCAGAUAAAUUUGCAAGGAGAGCUACAACUUGAAAAAAGUAUUACACUACAGUAUUUCUAUCAUUGUGCAUAACAUAAAUAAUGCUAUAAUGCAAGCUGACAUCCUUUACAAAAUUGAAAGUUUUCCAUGCUCAAACGUGUAAUGGCGAGUGCUAGCAAGCCUGAGUCCGUGAAGUAUAUUUCACAUUCCCAUGACUGUGAGCAGUCUCUCCAAAGACUGUCCAGUGUUCACGGUGGCGAGAUGUUAACUGCAUUGGGCCUGGUAAACAGGAGGUCGUGGGCUCGAACCCGAACCCGAUCCUGACGCCUGUAUAUUUUGAGUUUGUAUGUUCUCACCGUUGUCACGUGGAUUUUUCUCCGAGUCCUCCAGUUUUUCCCUCCAUAUUAAGAAACAUUGCACGUUUAGACUAUUCUACUGCUAUACAUUUACACGUGAUAAGCCACUUCGUUGAGCCAUUAUUUGUGGCCAGGUCGCUUCUGAAAACGAACUAUAUAGCUCAGUGGGUCUUUCCUGGUAAAAUAAUACAAAGUUUAGUUUUAUAGACUUGGUCGGCAAGGUGGUGAAAUGGCAGGAUGGCAAUUCUUAAGGUUCCGCAGUGUCCCAUAUGUAAAAAAACCCACAUACAGCAAUGGAAUUGGCCAUACAGUAAGUCCCAAUGUAAGACUCUCAAAAAAGAAAGCCUUGAGACUCCACGAGUGAUUCCUGGCUCAUUUGUUGAAUUCCAGAACUGUAUUCUUAGCUUUUACACAAUGGUACUGAUAUUAACUCUGUAAAGGUUGAGGCGUUACUCGACUGAGAUUAAAACUCGCAACCUUCCAAUCGUGAUGCACUCGAUGGAGUCACCUGCGGCACAUUACCCCGUAUAGCCUGUGAAGCUGAUAACUAAAAGCAGUCCCUGUGAUUGGGUAUAAAAUGUGGGGAAGCUAAAACAGAAGAACUGCAACGAUGGUGGCCAUACGCACCGGACAUUGUGCAUACGCACGCACAGGGUUCGCGCAGAGCGUCACCCCUUUGCGGUUAUUUCCUUCCCAUGAUUAUGAGUGGACUAACAAUUGCAGUUCUCGAGACGGUGUUUUGCAAACAUUAAGAGGGGGGUUUUUAAGAAGGUGCUUUUGAAGUACGAGAAGUGGGUCUGUGAAAGGCGUAGACGGAGAUUUGAGAAUCUCAAUGUGGACGGUAUAAAUGUAAGGUUGUUUGACGGGAUGUACAGACGAGAGGAUUUUAAUAAUUUUGGAGAUUACUGUGUCGGGUUAAAAGUGCCUGAAUCACUGCACAAAUGCUUUACUAACCAAUAAAUGGCUUGUAGGACUAUUCAUUUGACAUGGGGAUUUGAAGCACAGCCUUUAAGACGUCAUGAAGAAAUUCUCAAAUGUUUUAGUUCUUGUCGUUGUUUUAUACCCAUAUGGUUAUUGCGUCAUAAAAAUGCGUUUGCCAUGCACACCGCUCACAGUUUUAUGAGACAACUAGACUUUCCGUGUUAAAAAAAAAAACUAUAUUGCGUGUGGUACUGCUAUGUUAUCCCAUAAAAAUAAAUGACAAAAUAAACAUUUGAAAUGAACCACAUCCCCAA